GGGGAGCGUCGAGCGCGGCGGCAUCCUUCCACCCCUCCCCCUCGCACUCGUCGCAGAGAGCAGCCCCGUUCGGAUGGUGCCAUCAUCCUAGUCGGCGCGUUACGGGCUUCCAGCAUGUAGAACCGAACCGCGCAUCACCUACUCAACCGGAGCCUGGUUAGUCUGAUUAACCCGCGAAAAAGAGACAUUGCAACAAAAAUAUGUCAUCGACACCGGCAAACGUGACAACAACUUGGUGUUGGAUUUGUUAUAAUGUAUGCGGACGUGUUAAUAUGUAAUCUGCAUCAUUCAUUUUCUUCCGCAUAAAAUGAAUUCCACACAAACGUCAGCUCAGUUUUAGCCUAGGCUACUAUUAUAACACGUUUUGAUUUAUAGAGUAUCAACUGAUGGAAUAUUGCGUCGGUCGACUCAUCCCAUCAUCCAGACGGACUUUAUCUGCCGGAUUUAAAUUAAAAUUGAAGAAUAAAACGCUGGAUUUCCCCGGUUUUUCCAACCUAACCGUUAAACGUCCUUGGAGCAUGGCCUGAUUCUAUGAACCCUCUCAGCACUUCACGCAUCAAAGUCCCACCUCUCCACUGUCAAAGUCACACAUAAUAAUUUAAUUUAGAAGAAUAGUAAUAUUUUCAUUGCUCAGCUCAGUAGAUUUCAACUGCAGAUGACUUGGUAUUAUGUCCACCAUUCUGGGGAAUACACGCUCAGAAGGAGAUAGAAGCCAGCACUGCACUAACUCAAACAACAGGCUAGCGCAUCAGCCACAGACAACUCAACUGGUUCCCGCACACGGUUCCUGAAAUGGCGUGCCAAAGGCAAGGAAUUGGGGGGAGUGGAAUGGGGGAAGACUAAAAGACAGAACCCAUUAGAACCGACCAGUUCAUGUUCUCUCCUUAUCUCGCACACACUACCACUCUUAGAUCCCUUUACAUACAGUACUCAGUAUAAGGAGCCAGCCGUCUUCCAUCUCCACACGGCACCAUGGGGGACAUAGCGAACAGCUCAGUUCAGUUUUACCCCAAGAAGAAGAGAGUCAGCGGGGCAGCUGGAGGCGGAGGAGAGGUUAACCAUGCAGGGGAUUUCGGGGCCACCCUGGAGGAGCUCCGGGACCUCAUGGAGCUCAGGGGUCCGGAAGCUCUGCAGAAGAUCGAGGAGAUCUACGACAGCACUGAGGGCCUCUGCCAGAGACUCAAGACUUCACCCAACGAAGGUCUGUCGGAUAACGCUGUGGAUCUGGAGAAGCGCAGGGAGGUGUUUGGGCAGAACUUCAUCCCACCUAAGAAGGCCAAGACGUUCCUGGAGCUGGUGUGGGAAGCCCUGCAGGACGUGACCCUCAUCAUCCUGGAAGUCGCCGCUCUCAUCUCUCUGGGCCUGUCCUUCUACCAGCCACCAGGGGAGGAGAGUGAAGCCUGUGGGAAUGUUGCAUCCGGUGCGGAGGACGAGGGCGAGGCCGAGGCAGGCUGGAUCGAGGGGGCGGCCAUCUUGCUGUCGGUGGUGUGUGUGGUGCUGGUGACGGCCUUCAACGACUGGAGCAAGGAGAAGCAGUUCCGCGGGCUGCAGAGCCGCAUCGAGCAGGAGCAGCGCUUCGCCGUGGUGCGCAACGGGACGGUCAUCCAGAUCCCCGUGGCUGAGCUGGUGGUGGGGGACGUGGCUCAGGUCAAAUACGGUGACCUCCUGCCGGCCGACGGAAUACUGAUCCAGGGUAAUGACCUGAAGAUCGAUGAGAGCUCACUGACUGGAGAGUCUGAUCAUGUCCGCAAAGAUGCCGACAAGGACCCCAUGUUGCUCUCAGGCACUCACGUUAUGGAAGGAUCCGGAAGGAUGGUGGUCACUGCAGUGGGGGUCAACUCUCAGACCGGCAUCAUUUUCACUCUCCUGGGUGCAGGCGAGGCAGAGGAGGAGAAAGAAAAGAAGGAACCGAAGAAAGAGGGCAGUAAUAGCUCAUCUAUGCUGUAUCCCCCUGCAGUCGAGGCCAAACAGAUGACCAUCACCAAUGGAAAGCAAGAUGGGACUCUGGAAAAUAACCCUAAUAAAGCCAAGAAACAGGAUGAAGCCGUCGCCAUGGAGAUGCAGCCUCUGAAGAGUGCGGAGGGCGGAGAGGUGGAGGAGAAGGAGAAGAAGAAAGCCAACGUGUCCAAAAAAGAGAAGUCUGUGCUUCAGGGCAAACUGACUAAGCUAGCGGUGCAGAUCGGGAAAGCAGGACUGGUCAUGUCGGCCAUCACGGUCAUCAUCCUGGUGCUGUACUUUGUGAUCGAGACAUUUGUGGUCCAGGGCCGUGAAUGGAAGGCCGAGUGCACCCCGGUGUAUGUUCAGUAUUUCGUCAAGUUCUUCAUCAUCGGCGUGACCGUGCUGGUGGUGGCCGUUCCAGAGGGCCUGCCCCUGGCCGUCACCAUCUCGCUAGCCUACUCCGUCAAGAAAAUGAUGAAGGACAAUAACUUGGUGCGCCACUUGGAUGCCUGUGAGACCAUGGGCAACGCUACGGCUAUUUGCUCUGACAAGACCGGGACCCUGACGACCAACCGUAUGACAGUGGUCCAGGCCUUUGUGGGUGACCAACUCUUCACUGCGGUUCCUGACCCCAACCAGAUUAACUCCAAGACCUUAGAGCUGAUAGUCAGUGCCAUUGCUAUCAACUGUGCCUACACAUCUAAGAUCAUGGUGGCUGAUCAGGAAGGUGGUCUGCCCAAGCAGGUGGGCAAUAAGACAGAGUGUGGCCUGCUGGGCUUUGUGUUGGACCUGAAGCGGGACUACGCCCCUGUGAGGGAGCAGAUCCCAGAGGAAAAGCUCUACAAGGUCUACACCUUUAACUCCGUCCGCAAGUCCAUGAGCACCGUCAUCCAGCUCCCCGACCGUUCCUUCCGCCUCUACAGCAAAGGAGCCUCCGAGAUUCUGCUCAAGAAAUGCACGUCCAUCUUGGAUGCCGGGGGGGAACCGCGCAACUUCCGGCCGCGAGACCGGGACGAUAUGGUGAAGAACGUGAUUGAGCCCAUGGCCUGCGACGGCCUCCGCACCAUCUGCGUGGCCUACAGGGACCUGCCGGCCAGCCCGGAGCCCGACUGGGAAAACGAGGCCGACAUCAUCACCAACCUCGUCUGCAUCACCGUGGUUGGCAUCGAGGAUCCAGUCCGCCCUGAGGUGCCUGAUGCUAUCGUGAGGUGCCAGAGGGCAGGCAUCACAGUGCGCAUGGUGACAGGAGACAACAUCAACACAGCGCGCGCCAUCGCUGCCAAGUGUGGCAUCAUCCAACCCGGAGACGACUUCAUCUGCCUGGAGGGCAAAGACUUCAAUCGCCGAAUCAGAAACGAGAAAGGAGAGAUUGAACAGGAGAGAAUUGACAAGAUUUGGCCCAAACUGCGUGUAUUGGCCCGAUCCUCUCCAACAGACAAACACACACUGGUCAAAGGCAUCAUAGACAGCACUGUAUGUGAACAACGCCAGGUUGUUGCUGUAACAGGAGAUGGGACCAAUGAUGGGCCUGCACUUAAGAAGGCUGAUGUUGGCUUCGCCAUGGGCAUCGCUGGCACUGAUGUGGCCAAAGAGGCCUCGGACAUCAUUCUGACUGACGAUAACUUCUCCAGCAUUGUGAAGGCCGUGAUGUGGGGCCGCAACGUCUACGACAGCAUCUCCAAAUUCCUGCAGUUCCAGCUCACCGUCAACGUUGUGGCCGUCAUUGUCGCUUUCACCGGAGCUUGCAUCACACAGGACUCUCCUCUGAAGGCGGUGCAGAUGCUGUGGGUGAACCUGAUCAUGGACACCUUCGCCUCCCUGGCUCUGGCCACUGAGCCGCCCACCGAGUCCCUGCUGCUGCGGAAGCCCUACGGCCGCAACAACCCGCUCAUCUCCCUGACCAUGAUGAAGAACAUCCUGGGCCACGCCAUUUACCAGCUCAUUAUCAUCUUCACCCUGCUCUUUGCCGGGGAGAAGAUUUUCAACAUUGACUGCGGGCGUAAUGCUCCCCUGCACUCUCCCCCCUCUGAGCACUACACCAUCAUCUUCAACACCUUCGUCCUCAUGCAGCUCUUCAAUGAGAUCAACGCCCGCAAGAUCCACGGUGAGAGGAACGUGUUUGACGGCAUGUUCUCCAACCCCAUAUUCUGCAGCAUAGUGUUUGGAACGUUUGGAAUACAGAUCGUAAUCGUGCAGUGGGGAGGGAAGCCAUUCAGCUGUGCUCCCCUGAAUGUGGAGCAGUGGCUGUGGUGCCUGUUCGUGGGACUCGGGGAGCUGCUCUGGGGACAGGUCAUUGCCACGGUGCCCACCAGUCAGCUAAAGUUCCUGAAGGAGGCCGGCCAUGGGACGGGCCGCGAUGAGAUCAUGGACGAAGAUAUGGCAGAGGAUGAGGAGGAGAUCGACCACGCUGAACGCGAGCUUCGCCGUGGACAGAUUCUCUGGUUCCGAGGACUCAACCGAAUUCAGACUCAGAUGGAGGUAGUGAGUACCUUCAAGAGAAGUGGUUCCUUUCAGGGGGCUGUGCGCCGCCGGUCCUCUGUGCUCAGCCAGCUCCACGAAAUCCGGGUGGUGAAUGCCUUCCGUAGCUCUCUCUAUGACGGCAUCGAGAAGCCAGAGUCCAGGAACUCCAUCCACGACUUCAUGGCGCACCCUGAGUUUAUCAUCAACGACUCGGUGAACAGCAUCCCUUUGAUUGACGAGACGGACAUCGACGACGAGUCGGAGCGCGCCAACCACAACCAUGUGCGCCUGGCUCUGCGUCACGGAGCCCCGCCUUCCCAGGUCCCCCAACGCCCACCCCGCUCCCGCCCCCCAACCCGCCCCUACCGACAGCAGAGCCUCCCCGUGACCCUCAACUGCAACAACAAUGCCGCCGAGAGUGACGUCUUUCUCACCCCGAAAGAUGCAAGAAAAUCCGCUGAUUCCCCGAUCCCAGCUAGCCCAUUGCACAGCUUUGAGACGUGUUUAUAAUUACUUGGGAGGGAGGGAAGAGAGAAAUUCACACUUUAGUUUUAAGUCAGAAAAGGCCAUGAAUGACCUUAUUAAUGGACUACCAGUGGAUCUCAAAGAGAUGGACCAAGGAGAAUUGACCUAAAGCAGUAUUAUAUAACUGAGAAAACUGACUUUGACACUACUGAGUUACAGAUGUUUCUAUCCUCCCUCACGUCCUCACCAGAAACACCUCUGUUGACCUUCCCUCUCGGCUUUCCAACAUCAUCAUGGUAUCUCCACUGCUCUUCGACCCAACAACUUAACCCCAGUGGAACUGGACGGAGAGGAUAACUUCAGAGAAUGAAGUGUAUGGGGGUACAACAGCAGAGUGUCUGAACUGGCAAGGAACAUGGACUUAUAAAGGGGUUUAAUCAUUCCGCUUUUUAAUUAUUAUAUUACUGUUCCAAUUAUUAUUAUUAUUGUGGUUACUACUGCUAAAAUUACAAUUGCUACUACAAUUACUAUAUUCCAGUUAAGAUGCUUUAUAAAUUAGCUUUAUAUAUCCAUGUAUGUUUGUAUGUAUGAUGUAUGUUUGUAUGUAUGUGUUUAUCUGUUUGUUUGUUGCUGAAUUGUAGUUAAUGUCUUUUUUUCUGUUUGGUUAUUUUGGUUCCCAUAACCUUCCUUUACUCCUGUCCACCUCACGCUUUUUCUGUGUUUGAGUGUGUAGUGUAUGUCUUUAAACAGGAAAAUGAAAUAAAAACAUACAAAUAAAUCAAA